AUGGGCUUGUUUAAAUCCCUAAAAGGCAAGAUCGAAGUCGGGACAGACAACCGAGGACGAGAAGAAUACUCAUCCCCUUCUGGUCCACCGCCAUCCCAUCGCCAUCGAGGAGCGGAACACAGAGACGACGACUCCACUCUACCAUCAGGCCCCCCACCUUCAUACCGUGGUCAAGGUCACGACAACGGCGCCGAAGAAUACGCUGCUCCUCCUGGACCUCCACCGUCCCACAAUCGUCGAGCCGAAGACGACUUCCUCCCCCCUUCAGGUCCCCCUCCUGCCUCUGCGUCAUCCAAGGCCAAUGCCAACGCCAACCCUCCACCUUACCACGACUGGACCGUCAUUCCAGACACGGCGCUACUCCCGCCCCCUCCGCCACUCCCGCAAGACUACUCCCCGACCAACAACGCGACGUACGACUCUGCGGCCCGGGCCCACGAAUGGUGCGCCCGCCACCCCGUGUACACGCCAUCACGGCCGUCGCAUGAGCUCCACCUCCUCGCCAACGCCGGACACAUCACGCUCGAGGCACCGCCCGGCCCGUUGAAACGUCACGUCUCCACGUUCCGGCAAACCUCGCCCACGACCUGGCGUGUGGGCACGCACAAGAACCAGCAGGACGCCAUCUUCUUGUCCUCGGUGCCUCUGUAUUUCGCGUGCGCGGAUAGCCCGCUUUUCACAGGGCGUGCCAAGACGAUAUAUUUCCAGAUCCACGUCCAUAGGAUUCAGAAUGCCAGCUCGGGCAUCGCGGUAGGGUAUGCCGCGAGACCCUACCCCCCUUGGCGGUUGCCCGGGUGGCAUCGCGCGAGUAUCGGCGUGCACGGGGACGAUGGGCGACGGUUCGUCAAUGACCCGUGGGGAGGGCGGGAAUUCGUGGCGGCGUUCCGAGAGAACGAGACCGUCGGGAUCGGGAUGAAGUUUGAGGCGCAAGAAGUCGCUCGCCAGAGAGUGAAGACCAGGGUGUUCGUGACGAGGGAGGGGAGGGCCGAUGAGCGGUGGGGUUGGGAGGUCGACGAGGAGAGGGACGAGCGGGACGAAGGCGUGGACGGCUUGAUGGGCGAGAGUGAUUUGUAUGCUGCCAUAGGAGUCUUCGGCGGAGUCGAGUUUGAUGUCACUUUCGGAGACAGCGUCAGUUAA